AUGGGGAACUGGUAUGAGAAACCAAGGGCCAGCUGGUGUUGAGUUAUCUGCAUGGGGGACUUGCAUAAAGUAGGCUACUACGUGUGACACCAAUGUCUACCUUAUUGUCCUCCUCUACUGUUGUACCUGAGCCAGCAAUGUCUUUGCAGGAUAGUGAUGGAGAUACUUUGACAUCAUCAGAUGUCUCCCACUUUGAGACAGAAUCUCUGCAGAUUAAGGACGAGGAAACCCAAGCUGAUGUGGAGCUCAGUAAUCUGGAGAGCUCAGAGUAUUCCUCCCAAGUAGCUGGGGCAGAGUUAAGAGAAAUGCAGGCAGGCUUUGAACUUACUGUGCAAAUAUCCCCGCUCAAAGACAACAAGAAGCAGCAAGAGCAUGUGUUGAUGGAUGUCCCCAGAUAUACACCAGCAUUGUCACAUAUCCUAGAUGAUGUGACAGAGAGCCUGGAUGGCAAGAGCCAUGCAGUACAUUUGGAGCCCAGGGCAAAGAGAGAAGGUAAUACUUUGCAGCCAGAAGCAUUCAGCAGUGAGGAUGAGAUGAACAACCUGGAGGAGCUGGAACAGCCAUGCACGGGGCAGGUCACAGCAGUUGAUCUUGAUUUGGAGAAGAUCAGGUGGAACUCUGCAAUGACCAGGCUGAAGUACGAAUAUGAAGAUAAUGAAAAGCAAAGGCAGCAUGAGGAGAAAAUGGAGCAGAUACAGCAGCAGACGGCACAGAGAUCAUUUAGCCAAGGACUCCAUGGUCUACCCCGGCCGCAGAACCAGUAUGCCUUGUUUUUAUACUGUUUCAUCUUUAUACACGUCAUUUACACAGCGAGGGAGCUGGCUUUCUAUUUCGUUAUGAGGCAUUACAUCUUCUGCUUUUCCAUUGUGCUCUAUUUCUUUUUCAAGAAGAUUUUUCUGGAUUACGUAAAUAAGAAAAAAUGUUCCUAAAGCAAGAGCACAUUCUCUACAGCUAAAGAUGCUGAUCUAUUCCCAUUUCUCUUUACUUUUCCUGCUUUGCAGCUCUGCUGUUCUUUCCUAACUACACUGAGCAUUUCCACUAUUGUUAUAUGAAAAAGGAUGUAACUUGUGCAAGUGUAACUUAUUCUCUCUUUCAAAAGUUGUUGCUGAAUAUCAUACAUUCCUUGCUCUCUCGUUAACAUGUUCAGCAUGAUUCUGUCACA